UUUUUUUGGAAUCAAUGGUCUCUAUAUGCAUAUAGAAUAACUACUCAGAAUAAACUUUAUGUUCAAAUUUGAGUUUUAUUAUUUUCAACACUGGCUACUGAAUGGGAAUAGUUAAGGUAUAGAGAAGAGAGGAUGAAUCUGGAGUAUUUUAAAAACGGUUGUGUGUUUAUCUGAAGGUUCUAUGGAUAUUGAAUAUUUUUCUCUAUCUAUUUUUUAGUGAUGUAGAGUCGGAAUUGACUCCACGGCAAUGGGUUGUUGAUGGUUGUUGUAAAGAGGAGCCCUGGUGGCAGAGUUGUUAAGCAUUCCGCAGCUAAACAGAAAGUCCGCAGUUCGAAACCACCAGCCGCUCUUUGGAAACCCUAUGGGGCAGUUCUACUCUAUCUUAAAGGGUCGGUAUGAGGUGGAAUCAAUUAUUUUUUUUAUUUUUAAACUGGCUCAAAAAACAGCCCAUUUUGCCCCGUACGGCUAGUUUUCAAAGAUGGCGGCCUCCAGAUAGACGCGACAGUAAGGGCGCAGACAUAAAAUCUUGCAAAUCAAUGCCGGAAAUACGGUUUUCCGCUCCGUUUCAAAUUCCCGACCCUCGCGGGCCACCGUAGGCGAUCGAGAGUUCUACGGAAAGGUUGGCGAAGUGGUAUUAUUUCACACAAUCGGCUGACUACUGUCUAAAGGACUAAUCCAGCACGCCGCCCAUCGAUCUAGAGCUGCUUUUGUGCUGCAGAAGUAUAGUUGAGUCCUUGUGUGGGAGAUCUUAUGGCCUGCAAAGCGUCAGCCUGCAGGUUUUGACCCCCGAGCAACAAAAGAAUCAUUUGAGGGAAGAAGGAAGAGUUUACAGGACUUGAGUAUUGUCAUUUUUGGGAAACCCUUGUUGGCAGACUGAAAUUUCUGAACAGAAAUUAGAGCUGAUCCAGAAAACACAAAGGCAAAGCAUCCGAGUUGCUGGCAAUGUCCCAAAGAAAUGUCACCAAGAAAAUGGUGAUAGCCCAGGGCUCCUCUCCGCCUCAUGAUGGCAGUUUCCUCUCAGCAUCCUUAGGACAGGCUCCACUCAGCCCCCAUAGGACAGGCUCCCUCUCUUGGGCCUCAGCCCUCUGCCUGGCCUCUGCUCAGUCAAGUGUUACAAAGGAGUCACUGACAUUCAGCGAUGUGUUUGUGAAGCUCACCUGGGAUGAAUGGCAGCUCCUGGACCCUGCUCAGAAGGAGCUGUACUGGGCUGUGAUGUUGGAGAACUAUAACAACCUGCUGUCUAUUGGGUGUGGAGUUAGCAAACCAGAUGCACUCUCCAGGUUGGAACGAGGAGAAAAACCAUGGACUCUAUUAGACGAAAGCCAUAGUGGAAUCUUUUCAGAAAUCUGGAGAGUUGAUGAUCAUCUCUUUCGGCACUCGCAGAACGAAAACAGGGUGGACAGACAGGAACAGUGCUCUGAACGUAACGCGUUGGAAAAUAUUGUUAAUUGGCCAAAAAAUCAGUUUCCUUUAAGGGAAAAUCAUGGUAUGUUUAACUUACAUGGAAAAGCUGUGAAAUCAAAUUUAACUUUAACGGCACUCAACCAGAGCAGAAGCAAUGUGAUAAAGAGCUCUGCUGAGCUUAAUGGAGAUGAGAAAACCUUUCUCAAUGCUGACCGAGAACAAUGUUAUACUGAAGUGAAAUUCUGUGAGAGUCAGAAAUCCAGUAACACUAAAUGCCAACUCAUUCAGCAUCAGAAAACUCACAAAAUAAAGAAACCGUGUGUACGCAGUACACGUAAGGAAGCCUUCAUCAGGAAGUCUUUCCGUACAGAGCAUCAGAUCAUUCAUACAAGAGAGAAACCGUAUAGAUGUAGUGUAUGUAGGGAAAUUUUCUUUAAAAAGUCCAAGCUCAUCGAGCAUCACACAACUCACAAAGGACAAAAACCAUAUAAAUGCACAGAAUGUGGCAAAGCUUAUUACUGUAAAUCACAUCUCAAGAAACAUCAGGAAAUUCAUAUGACAGAAAACCGUCAUAUAUGUAGUGAAUGUGGAAAAAGUUUCAUCCAUAAAGCAAGUCUCACUCUUCAUCAGCAAAUUCAUACUGGAGAGAAACCCUAUAUAUGCAGUCAGUGUGGAAAAGGCUUCAUCCGGAGGAAUGAUCUCACUGUUCAUCAGCGAACUCAUACUGGAGAGAGACCUCAUAUAUGCAGUCAGUGUGGAAAAGACUUCAUCCAUAAAGUUAAUCUCACUUUUCAUCAGCGAACUCAUACUGGAGAGAAACCCUAUAUAUGCAGUCAAUGUGGAAAAGGCUUCAUCCGGAAAAAUGAUCUUACUGUUCAUCGGCGAACUCAUACUGGAGAGAAACCCCAUAUAUGCAGUCAUUGUGGAAAAGGCUUCAUCCAGAAGACAGAUCUCACAAUUCAUCAGCGAACUCAUACUGGAGAGAAACCCUAUGUAUGCAGUGCAUGUGGAAAAGGCUUCAUCCGGAAUACAAAUCUCACCAUUCAUCAGCGAACUCAUACUGGAGAGAAACCCUAUAUAUGUCAUGAAUGUGGAAAAGGCUUCAGCCAGCAGGGAAUUCUUAUUACUCAUCAGCGAACUCAUACCGGAGAGAAACCCUACAUAUGCAGUGAAUGCGGAAAAGGCUUCAUCCAUAAAUUUGAUCUCGCUGUUCAUCAGCGAACUCAUACUGGAGAGAAACCCUAUAUAUGCAGUACAUGUGGAAAAGGCUUCAUCCGUAAAAAAGAUCUCACUGUGCAUCAGCGAACUCAUACUGGAGAGAAACCCUAUAUAUGUAGAGAAUGUGGAAAAGGCUUCACCCAGAAGGGAAAUCUCAUUACUCAUCACCGAAUUCAUACUGGAGAGAAACCCUAUGUAUGUGGUGAAUGUGGGAAAGCCUUCAGUCAGAAAAUAUGCCUCAUAGGACAUCAGAGAUUUCACACAGGAAUGACUCCCUUUUUAUGCAGUGAAUGUGGAAAAUUUUAUUCUCAGAAGUCAAGUCUCAUUUUACAUCAGAAAAUUCACACAGGCGAAAAACCCUUCAAAUGCGGUGAAUGCGAGAAGGCCUUCGAUAAGAAGCCAAAGCUCAUUGUACAUCAGAGAUCUCAUAGCAGAGACACCAUAUGGCUGCAGUGAGUGUGAAGGAACUUUUGCCUGUAUGUCUUCCCUAGAGAAGAAACACACUAGAGAGAAAGGUGUAUGUUCAAUCAAGGUGGAAGACCUUCCACGGUGAGGCACAUUCCAGUGAUCUCAUGCAGGAGAAAAACCCUGUUAACGCAGUGAGUAUGCAGAUGCCUUCUGUGGCAGCCCAGAUGCCAGUAAACACCAUUGGGUUCCUAACAGAUAGGAGCAUAGUCCUUGUCGGACAGCCUUUUGCCAGAUGUGGACCCUGAGAAUUUGUACAGCACAGAAACCU